GCGAUGUUCCCCAGGGAGACGACAUGGAACAUCUCGUUCGCAGGUUGCGGCUUCCUCGGUGUCUACCACAUCGGCGUGGCCUCCUGCCUCCGCGAGCACGCGUCCUUCCUGGUGGCCAACGCCACGCACAUCUACGGCGCCUCGGCCGGGGCGCUCACGGCCACGGCGCUGGUCACCGGGGCCUGCCUGGGUGAGGCUGGUGCCAACAUCAUUGAGGUGUCGAAGGAGGCCCGGAAGCGGUUCUUGGGCCCACUGCACCCCUCCUUCAACCUGGUGAAGAUCAUUCGGGGCUGCCUGCUGAAGACCCUGCCUGCUGACGGCCACAAGCGCGCCAGCGGCCGCCUGGGCAUCUCCCUGACCCGCGUCUCCGAUGGCGAGAACGUCAUUAUAACCCACUUCAACUCCAAGGAGGAGCUCAUCCAGGCCAACGUCUGCAGCACUUUCAUCCCUGUGUACUGUGGCCUCAUCCCUCCUUCCCUCCAGGGGGUACGCUACGUGGAUGGCGGCAUCUCAGACAACCUGCCGCUCUACGAGCUCAAGAACACCAUCACAGUGUCCCCGUUCUCGGGCGAGAGCGACAUCUGCCCACAGGACGGCUCCACCAACAUCCACGAGCUGCGCGUCACCAACACCAGCAUCCAGUUCAGCCUGCGCAACCUCUACCGCCUCUCCAAGGCCCUGUUCCCGCCCGAGCCCCUGGUGCUUCGAGAGAUGUGCAAGCAGGGCUACAGGGAUGGCCUGCGCUUCCUGCGGCGGAACGGCCUCCUGAACCGGCCCAACCCCUUGCUGGCGCUGCCUCCCGCCCGCCCUCCUGCCCCCGAGGAUGAGGACGCACAGGAGUCCGAGGUGGCCAUGGAGAGGACCGGAGUGAAGGACCACUUGCAGCCACCUGGGGAGGAUCACAUCCUCGAGCACCUGCCCUCGAGGCUCAACGAGGCCCUGCUGGAUGCCUGCAUGGAGCCCACGGACCUGCUGACCACGCUCUCCAACAUGCUGCCCGUGCGUCUGGCCACGGCCAUGAUGGUGCCCUACACUCUACCGCUGGAGAGCGCCGUGUCCUUUACCAUCCGCUUGCUGGAGUGGCUGCCUGACGUUCCCGAGGACAUCCGCUGGAUGAAGGAGCAGACGGGCAGCAUCUGCCAGUACCUGGUGAUGCGUGCCAAGAGGAAGCUGGGCAGCCACCUGCCCUCCAGGCUGUCGGAGCAGGGGGAGCUGCGCCGCACCCGGUCGCUGCCCUCCGUGCCGCUGUCCUGUGCCAUCUACAGCGAGGCGCUGCCCAGCUGGAUGCGCAACAGCCUGUCGCUGGGGGACGUGCUGGCAAAGUGGGAGGAGUGCCAGCGGCAGCUGCUGCUGGGCCUGUUCUGCACCAACGUGGCCUUCCCGCAGGACGCCCUGCGCAUGUGCACCCCUGCCGGCGCGGCCCUUGUGCCCCCGCAGCACCCGCCCAGCUCGCCCCCUUGCUGA